ACACACUCGGCUAUAAAUACAUGAAUCAUAAUCGAGGCUCUGCUGGCAGCACGGCAUCUGAAUUUACUCCUCAAACGUUGAUGACUUGCAGCUCCACACGCUGCUGUUGACAGUCAGUUUGUGUCUGAGCUGCUGGAUUUCUCUUUUUAAACAGCUUUUCACACUCUGGCGAGUUCACUACCAGAAAGUUUCUCGCUUGUUUUUGGAACUUUUCUGUUUUCCCCGAGUGCUUUUAGGAAUCUGAGGAGUUCAUUUGACAGUCGGCUGUCUUGGACAGAGCAGCUAUGGGAGACUUCUGGGGAGAUAUUGCCAGUCAGAGGGUGGCCAGAGCCAUGUCACUGGGGAACGACGAUGAGGCGGUGUUGGACCAGGGGAAGACCAGCUCCACCCUCCACACCAACUUUGAGAAGGAAGAACUGGAGAGUCACAGGGCGGUGUACGUCGGGGUUCACGUUCCUCUGGGCCGUCAGAGCCGGAGGCGACACCGUCAUCGAGGACACAGACACCACCGGAAACGACGGGACCGCUCAGACCGGGAGGACGGACGAGAGUCGCCCACAAACGACACGCCGUCUCAGAGAGUCCAGUUCAUCCUUGGGACGGAGGACGACGAUGAGGAACACAUCCCCCACGACCUGUUCACCGAGCUGGAUGAGCUGGCCUUCAGAGACGGAGACAUCCAGGAGUGGAAGGAGACAGCCAGGUGGUUGAAGUUUGAGGAGGACGUAGAGGACGGUGGCGAGCGUUGGAGUAAACCCUACGUGGCCACGCUGUCUCUGCACAGUCUGUUUGAGCUGCGUUCCUGCAUCCUGAACGGCACCGUGCUGCUCGACAUGAGAGCCAACACCAUCGAGGAGAUCGCAGACAUGGUGAUCGACAGCAUGCUGGCGUCGGGUCAGCUGGAGGAGGACGUUCGAGAGAAGGUGAGGGAGGCCAUGUUGAGACGUCACCACCACCAGAACGAGAAGAAGCUGAGCAACCGGAUCCCGCUGGUUCGAUCCUUCGCAGACAUAGGCAAGAAACACUCCGACCCCCAUUUACUGGAACGUAAUGGUCUGCUGGCGUCCCCUCACUCGGCUCCAGGAAACCUCGACAUCAGCAAAAACGGCGAGAGUCGCAUCCACAGCGGCAACGGAGGCAGCCGGGAAAACAGCACCGCGGGCUUCAGCAAGGUGGACAUGAACUUCAUGAAGAAGAUUCCUCCCGGCGCCGAGGCCUCAAACGUCCUGGUGGGUGAAGUCGACUUCCUGGAGCGACCGAUCAUCGCCUUCGUUCGUUUAUCCCCCGCCGUGCUGCUGACCGGCCUCACCGAGGUCCCUGUACCCACCAGGUUUCUCUUCCUGCUGCUCGGCCCGUUUGGAAAAGGUCCACAGUACCACGAGAUCGGACGCUCCAUCGCCACUCUGAUGACGGAUGAGAUUUUCCACGACGUCGCCUACAAAGCGAAAGACAGGAACGACCUGCUGUCCGGGAUUGACGAGUUCCUGGAUCAGGUCACCGUGCUGCCUCCAGGCGAAUGGGACCCCAGCAUCCGCAUCGAACCCCCGAAGAGCGUCCCGUCACAGGAGAAGAGGAAGAUGGCGUCUGUGCCUAAUGGCUCCGCCCACAGCUCUGACACGGGGAAGGAGGCGGAGCAUCACACCGGACCGGAGCUGCAGAGGACGGGGAGGAUUUUCGGUGGUUUGGUGAACGACGUUCGGAGGAAAGCUCCCUUCCUGUGGAGUGACAUCAGAGACGCCGUCAGUCUGCAGUGUUUGGCGUCCGUCCUCUUCCUCUACUGCGCUUGCAUGUCUCCCGUCAUCACGUUCGGAGGUCUGCUGGGAGAAGCCACCAAAGGAAACAUAAGUGCCAUAGAGUCUCUGUUUGGGGCGUCUCUGACAGGCGUGGCCUACUCUCUGUUUGCCGGUCAGCCUCUCACGAUCCUGGGCAGCACCGGUCCAGUUCUGGUCUUUGAGAAGAUCCUCUACAAGUUCUGCAGUGACUACGGUCUGUCCUACCUGUCUCUGAGGACCAGUAUCGGGCUCUGGACGGCCUUCCUCUGCCUGCUGCUGGUCGCCACCGACGCCAGCUCUCUGGUCUGCUACAUCACCCGCUUCACCGAGGAGGCUUUCGCCGCCCUCAUCUGCAUCAUCUUCAUCUACGAGGCUCUGGAGAAGCUGUUCCACCUGGCGGAAGUGUUCCCCAUCAACAUGCACAACCAGCUGGACAACCUCACCUUCUACACGUGUCAGUGUUCUCCACCAGCCAACGCCUCCGCUAAUGUCCAACAAAUCUGGAUCCACAAAAACUUAACCUCAGAAAACAUCCAGUGGGAGCAGCUGAGCGUGAAGGACUGUCUGGAUUUACACGGGGAGUUCGUUGGCCCGGCUUGCGGCCACGAGGGUCCCUACGUCCCCGACGUCCUCUUCUGGUCCGUCAUCCUCUUCUUCACCACCUUCUUCCUCUCCGCCUUCCUCAAACAGUUCAAGACCAAGAGAUACUUCCCCACCAAGGUUCGAUCGACCAUCAGUGACUUUGCCGUCUUCCUGACCAUCAUGAUCAUGGUGCUGGUGGAUUACCUGGUGGGAGUUCCUUCACCCAAACUCAACGUACCCGACCGCUUCGAGCCCACAUCAAACACUCGAGGGUGGCUGAUCUCCCCACUGGGACCCAACCCCUGGUGGACGCUGCUGGCUGCCGCCGUCCCCGCUCUGCUCUGCACCAUCCUCAUCUUCAUGGACCAACAGAUCACCGCCGUCAUCGUCAACAGGAAGGAAAACAAGCUCAAGAAGGGCUGUGGCUACCACCUGGACCUUCUGGUGGUGGCGGUGAUGCUGGGCGUGUGCUCCAUCAUGGGCCUGCCGUGGUUCGUGGCAGCAACCGUGCUCUCCAUCUCCCACGUCAACAGUCUGAAGCUGGAGUCGGAGUGCGCGGCGCCCGGCGAGCAGCCGAAGUUCCUGGGCAUCAGAGAGCAGAGGGUCACCGGCUUCAUGAUCUUCGUCCUGAUGGGCUGCUCCGUCUUCAUGACCUCAGCCCUCAAGUUCAUCCCGAUGCCCGUCCUGUACGGAGUCUUCCUCUACAUGGGAGUGUCCUCGCUCAAAGGCAUUCAGGUCCGUUUCGGUGUCUGUCCGUUUGUCCUGCUGCAGCUUCAUCGCUGUGUUUCGGUGUCUUUAAUCUCUCGUCCGUCUGUCCCAUUUUCUGCCCCUCUGCAGCUGUUCGAUAGGAUCAAACUGUUCGGCAUGCCGGCCAAACACCAGCCGGACCUGAUCUACCUGCGCUACGUCCCGCUGUGGAAGGUCCACGUCUUCACGGUGGUGCAGCUGUCCUGCCUCAUAGUCCUCUGGGCCAUCAAGGCCUCAGCCGCCGCUGUCAUCUUCCCCAUGAUGGUUCUGGCUCUGGUGUUCAUCAGGAAACUUCUGGAUUUCUGCUUCACCAAGAGAGAGCUGAGCUGGCUGGACGACCUGAUACCAGAGAGCAAGAAGAAGAAGGACGAUGACAAGAAGAAGGAGAAGGAGGACGCUCAGCGGAUGCUGGAGGAGGUGGAGGACGAUCCGCCAUACGACGGAGGAGAUGUCAUCAAGUUCCCAAUCAAAAACCUCAAAGGACGCAUGGACCCAUCGGAGGUGAACAUCUCCGACGAAAUGGCGAAAAGCGGCAUUUGGAAAUCAGUUUCCAUGAACUCUGACAGCUGCAAAGCUCUGAAACGCAGCAACAGCCUGGAGAAGCUGCCGAGCGUCCAGAUAAACGUGGAAAACGAGGACGGUCGGAGAGUUGUGGACGCUGAGACGUCUCUAUGAUCCACCGCCGCUCUCCACCACCAGGCAGCGCUACUCGGGGGCGAGGAGGGCUGCUGUUACUGAUGGGACCCUGGCGCCCUCCGUCUUCUAUGAACUGAGGUGAAAGGUCAUUGGAGGACCAAUCGGGCUUCACCCCGUCGUGCCGUACUUCUCAUCCUGCGCUUUCUCGGACGAAGGUGAACGUUUUAUUUUUCUCAUCGUUUUAUGGUGAAACAUGGAGACUCCGCCAACGGGAGCAAAUAUGGCCGUCGCUUAUGGAAACAGCUUCCUCAGGUUUCUUUGGUUGGUUUUCACUUGGGCGGUCCACUGACGCGCCGUGACUGGCUGCCGAGGCAUCGAACCGAAACGCAGACUCAACGGACGCCUGAUUUUUCCAGACUGAUGAUCUGAAAAACACCUGAAGCUUAAUUUUAACAAUUUUAAAUUUUCUGUUUCUGCUUUCAUGAAGCAGACGGGGUUCUUCACCUCCGGCAGGUCCAACGCAGGACACGGUUUUUAUUUAAUCAUCAUGCUGAUUUAAGCUGUAUAUGUGUCAGUGAGUGUUUAUUUUUAUGUAUCUGUGCGUGUGCGGGAGCGUGUGUGUGUGUGCGCGAUCACUGUUGUACCUCACCUUGUUGCCUACAGUGGCCGACUGAAUGACGUCACAGUCGCUGUCAUCGUUCCUUCCUGAAGCUUUAAUAAAAUCAGUUUGGUGACGACGA